UAUCAACAUUCUCUCGACCAGCACCUAAUAAAAUGGAGGUCGUCAGAUCAGUUCUUAAACUCCUGCGGGCAAGAUAAGGAGUCUGCAGUAUCCGACCCGUAUGAUGGUCGAGAGCCGAUCUACAAGCGCGAUCGUAGAGUUUCACCGUAGAUCAUCCGUAACCCUCGGAAGGGUGCAGAGUCGAUCGUAAGGGCUCCACGCUUAGUUCUGUGAUGUGCGAAAGUGAGCUACUUCCGGUGGAAAGUGUUGAUAGUGAGAGUUUUCCGCUAGUUUCUAUUGUUCAUUUGUUUUUUCUGGAAGCGAGGGUUGGCUUUGUUCAAAAAGAUGUGCCGAAAAUACUUGAAAAUCACAUUCGUACUAUGGCUGUGCAUCCGACUGUGGCUGUGCGACUGCGCCCAUCUAGAUGAUAUUUCGAGGCUGCGACAGGAAAAUGGGGCCACCAACAAGUACUACUGCGGCAAGUACCUUACCGAAGCGUUGGCAACACUGUGCGAGGGAAACUAUCAAACGUUAAGACCAGUUCGUAUCCAUAAAAAGAGCUACUGGAAGUCCCAACUGUACACCGACCUACAAUCAGACUCUCCGUAUCAAAACCUGGGUAGAAGAAGAAGAAGAAGAGUCACCAGGGGGGUGUACAACGAAUGCUGCGAGAAACCCUGCUCCAUUGAUCAGCUGAUGAUGUAUUGCGCGGCGCCUGCGUCCUCCGUAUGAAGGGACACGUGAUCCUUACCGUGAUAAUAAUCGUUAUCACGCCGGUGAUAAUUCUUAUGUGUGAAGUGCUGUGAAAAUUAUCAGGCCUAAAAUUGGGGCAAAGAAUGGGGAGGAUAUAUAGGUAUAUUAUGGUUCACCGUGGCCAUUUUUGAUCUGCAAAUUAAAAAUAUACGGGUGGUAAGUGAUGAUGAAGGUAAAAAAAUUAUUAGUGAGAUUUUGAUAGAAGUAAUUUAGAAUAAUUUAAUGUUGAUGGUGCCGCGGCUAUACAAUUUGUGCGGACGGAAAUUCAUAAUGGGCGCCAAAUUUAAAGUUCCGAAAUGUCAUUUACACACAAGAGAUGUGAUUAAAAGUGAUGUUAUGUCAACAGUAAAGGUGAGCAAUUCGAAUUAUUAUUGAAAUUCUUAUCGUACUGACUUAGUGAUUUUUAUUAUUAUUCGUACUAAGUCUAACUCAUAUAAGACGAUGAAAUAUUGUACCGACGGUCACUUUAUUUUAGCAGUUGAAUUUAAUUAAAUACGGCUUUUUCUAACAAGAAUUAAUUCAACUCCAAGUCACGGCACUCAAAUAUAUUGAAAUAUAAGGUCAAAGGAUUGCAUAGCUUCAAAAUGUUAUUCACGCAGUUGAGAACUGGAAUUUUCUUAAACUAGAAGAGAAAUGAUAGACAAAACCCCGUAUAGUUUAUUCCAGGAAUACGAGGGCGGCUCAAUAAGUCCGUGACUUUUUGGGAUAAAUAUAUAAAGAGUUAUUUUAUUUUUCAACAUAGUCUCCUUUGAGUUCUAUACACUUAGUCCAACGUUCCUCCAAUUUUUUGCGGCACUGGCGGCUAAAUCUGGAGAAUAGGGCGAAUGAGGAAGUAAUUCGUAACCUAAUUCAUGGAUUUUUGCCAUGGAAACUGCACAUGUGUGGACCCUUGAAAAGAACUUUUUUUUUUGGCCAAAUGUGGUCUUUUUUCUUUCAGUUACUCAUUGAAUCUAUCCAACAAGUUGGUAUAAUAUUCUCCAUUGAUUGUUUUCCCCUUUUGAAGAUAGUCAAUGUGGAUUAUACCGCGUGCAUCCCGAAAAACGGUCGCCAUGACUUUAUUGGUUGACAAACCCACCUUCGGUUGCAGUUAUUUAGAUGGAUUAAUUAAGUCGCUUAUGAAAUUUCAGAUUUCAUAAGAAUUUUUGGUGGAUGAAUUCCAAGAUGCAAUUAUUAUUGUUUUAUUGUGUGCGAUUUCCAAUUUAUACGAUUCUUCAAAUUAAAUUGUUUAUUCGAGGAAUUUCUUAUUUUUACCAACCGAUAUCUAUAAUAUAGAGUAUAUGGAAAACAAAGUGAACGACAUUUCAAUAGAUAAUAAUAUAUGUUGCAGAAUAAUUCAGUUUAUUAUGGACGUAGUUUAUGGAAUUUUAAUCGGAUCCGCGUGGCAUUACGUCGUUUCGGACCUGACUGCAUUUAUAAAUUAUUAUUGAUAAACGGGUUUUACGGUAUCUUAAAAGUCAAAUUCCGCCCGUGAUGAACCUUGGAAACGGACCAAAUAUUUUGUGAUAAGGCGGAUUUUUUUUUCGUCUUAUCACAAAUGCCUUUUUUUGUUUGUUCGAAAUAAUCGAGUACCGUCCCGUGCUAGGUAGUAGUAGGGUUUUUUAAUUUUAAAUCAAAUUGUAUAUGGGCACUAUCAACGUUAAUUAAAUAGCAGACAGCCCUUUUGUGAAGGGUCUGCCUAAAGUGUCUCUAGGCUAUAAGAAAUUAUUCGUGAUCAACGUACACCAACUCAAGAAAUUUAAAUGCUGUGAAAUUUUUGCUAUUUCGUAGGUUAGCUUAUAGGAAUUUAUUAUAAUUAUUUUUGUUUGUUUGUUAUUUCGUUUGUAUAUAUUAUGUUUUGUUAUGUGAUAAGGUUUAAAUAAUUGUUCGUAAUUUUCAAGUGAGGGUGAGACUUUUAAAAUGUUGUUCUUAGAAAAUGCCUCCUUACAAAACUAUUCACAGUUCGGAAAUAUCAUAUUUUAUAUUAUAUAAUGUUAUUUGAAAUAACCUUGCCUAAUUAAAUAUUAUCAGGGGGUUUUGGUAUGAUUAUUUAACAUUAUUCGCGAUAACUCGCAAUUAAAAAAAAACCACACAAAAAGUUCAACUUUGAACCGUGAAAGGUCAAAGGACAUUUCUAUCGCUAACCCAAUUAAAUUAGAGAUUUGCCAAUUUUUUUUUCUUGUCGUUAUUUUUUUUUUAAAUGAUUUUGUAACUAAUGAUCUAUUUUUGUGAUAUGUCAAGGUCCAUAUUUACUAGUUUUAACUUAUUUCAAUAUAGAUAACGGAGGUUACACGAUUGAUAAAAAUACAUUUUCUGCACAUUGUGAUAACAUAACUAUUUUUGAUGUUUCUAUUUUAAAUUGAACAGGGUGAAUAAGUGAAGUAGUAGUUUAAAGUGAGUUCAUCCUGUAAAGGCUUAAUAAUUUUUUUUAUAUACAGAAAUACAAAGGAUAUCUAUAGGAAGUCGCGUGUAUAUUUCAGUACAGAGAUCUAUUAGAAUCUUUGAUGUGCCGCGAAUAGUCCGUGUGCCGGUGUUGCUUGUAUGGUCACAUGGCAUGCAGGUUUGAUGAGUCAUAAAGUUAUAUUUCAACCUAUAUUUAAUCAUUCCAUUAAAUAAAUAAUAUAUAUGAGGAUUUCGAUAAUUUUUAAGCGAAAACUUGACAUUAAUAAUUAUCUAAAAAUAAGCUUCAAAUCAGCGUUUUAAUAAAAAAUUUGCAGCUCGCAGCAGAAAUGAGAUAAUGGAAUGAAUCAAAAAUCGAAAUGUUUAGAAUACAUCAAAGAUUACAAGGAACAGUAUGUAAACAGAAUUAUUCCCCUUAAUUUUCCUACAGGGUCUUUUGAAAUUACGAGAAAAAACAACAGUUUGUUUUACUCCUGCAUAAUAUAGCCUAAUCGAAAAAUGCUACUUUACAAAAUGAUUUUAAAAAAUCACAACAAAUGUAUCUAAAAACUGAUGGCAAAAUCGUGAGAAUCUGAUAAAAAAUUUAUAAAACAUCAAACUUGGCCAAUAUUUCAGGGUGGCGGAAUUUUGUGCCGGCGAGUGUAGGUAUUUCCUUUUUUUGGGUAUUGAGAUUUAUUUGGUGGUUAUUAUUAACGGGGAUUUUGGCUGCCACAUUCAAUGUCCUUCAUUAUUGUUUUUUUUUAAAUUUCUCUAUAUUUAGUACCAGCAUCUUUUGAUAAAAAGUAAUUAUGUAGUCAGAAAAGUGGAAGUAUAAAUAAACUUUUAGAUUAAAAAUCAUCUAGUUGUCUAGAUCUUAUGCGUGUAAAAGACACAAGUUUUACUUAUAAAAAAACACACUUUACAUCCUGAAUGUAAUAUUUAUUAAUUUGUUUGCCUAAUAUUUAGUUAUUGUGCAUAAUAGAAGAGAUUAGAUGAAAAUUAACUAAAAUAAAUGCUUAUACUAAAAACUAAAAAUCUUAUACAAAACACUACAUUUUAAGUAUACUGGAUCCUAAAACUACAGCGAGGUUACUAUAAAUACUUUUUUUAUAAAUACUUUUAUAAAUUUAACCACUCAUUUGAAUCUGGCCCAAAGAGUUCAUACAAUUUUUUAAACUCUGUUUUUUUUCCAUUGUUCUUUAGCAGUUUCUUCCAUUAAGGAAGGAAACAGCUUCUCUGUUGCCGCUAUGGAUUCCAACUUCAUCUCGCACUGAAGCAUAUGAAUACUAAAACAGAUUUAAAAAAUGUACACGAGUAGCAGAAAUAAUUUUUAAAUUUAAUUAAUAACAAUAAAUUUAUAAUAAUUUUUUUUUAAAUAAUUACAACUCAGAUGUAAAAUAGCCUUUUUUCUUUCAGUGAGUUAUGAAAGAAGUAGUCUUGCCUUUCUGGGACAGGACAAGUGUCGCAAUAACUGUAAAAAAAAUUAUUAAACUGGUUUUAGUAUCUCUGUAAGACAAAUCAUGGAGAAAAAACUGGAAAAAACAAAAUUUUAAACUUAUUUAAUUAGGGUGAAUGCGCCUAUUCUCGACCAGUUAACGUAAAUCUCACCACUAAUUUAAGAAUGCUGACAUUUAGUUUUUUAAAUAUUUGAUUUGUAUUUAUUAAAACUAUCUACAAAAUAUUAAUUAUAUUUAUCGUUUCAAGAAAUAUUAUUAACAACGACCACAUUUAGCCUAGUUUUCGACCGGCGGUCGAGAGAACCGGAUUUAUGUGGUCUAUUUAUUGACCAUAAUAUAAAAACCAUUUUAAAUAAAUAAAUCAAUCAGGUUUGUUUCUAAAUUUAUUAUAAGUAUUUAUAAAAUAAUGUAAAAAUAAUACAUAAAUUUACAAAAAAAAUUGGUACUUCUUUGGCUAUUGAAAAACUAAGUAAAUGCAUAUGCAUAUAUAAAUAAAAAUGAGUAAAAUAUACUUAAGAAAAGAGUAAGAACAGUUAAAUUAUAAUUAGCGCAACAACUAAAAUGUAAGCGUUAUUAUGUACAAAACAAACAAGUAUAUUCUCUAUCAGAAAUGUCAUCAUAAGAUAGUCCAAUGAAGUCUGUACAUUUCAUGUGGUACCACCUAGAACACUUAUCACAUCCGACAUUUUUUUCAUCUUCCUCUUCAGUAUCACUUAUUAAAUCUUCAUUGCAAGAUGAACAUUGCAGAUGCCCUCGUUCAAUUAUUAAGUUAUUAUCAUUUUCUUUUUCAAACUCUUCUGGUUGUUGAAGAGAGUUUUCGUCUUUCUUUCCUGCCUUCUUUUUCACAAUUUUAUUUUUAUUUUUCAUUUGCCUGUCCUCUCGCUUCCUUUUUAUAUCUUCCUCUUUUUGUCGCUUCUCAUCUUCUUGUUUUGUUAACUUUAGUCUCCAAGCUUGAGAAGAAAUUGCACUGGGAAACUUAUCCUUUACAUUCCUAUUCUUACCUCUGUUUUCUACUGGCUUGGGGUAUGACCAAUGAUUAUCCAAGAUGGAUUUUAAUCGCAUUGCUUUGGGAGGAUGCUGAAUGUCAGAUAUUGUUACUGACGCGCUUACAUCAUUAAUUACGCAUUUAUUAGAUAUAUUGCCGUUAACUUCAAUAACAUUAUUAUUACCCGCUGUAUUUUCUGUGUUUGUUUUAUCUGUUAAGGCAAGGGAACUUCUCGCCGGAUAGUCAUUCUCAAUCGGUGAUUCAUUUUCUUCAGACACAAAUUCUACGAUAGGUGCACGAUCAUUAUUUUUUCGAGUUUUCGCCUAUAUCUUGAGCUUCAGGUUCAGUUAUAGCAAUGGCUUCUAAAUUGUUUUCCAGUGUUACAGCAUCGAAUGGAACUAUUGUAAUGUCUUGCAAACUAACAAUGUCUCCUACCUGAAUUUGAUUUUGUUCUGUUUGUAGCCUAUUUGCGUCUCCUUCAGCAGAUUUAAUUUCGUUCAAUAUCACUUCAACAUUAAUGCCAUACUCUGUCAAGGAAGGAGCUAAUUUUAAAAUUACCUUUAUUGCUGCCAUCAAUUCUGCAGGUGUAACAUCUUCUUCGAUAUUUACUAUAUCUAAAUUCACGGUUUGUUCCUGUAUAUUUUUUACACAUUUGGUAUAAUCAACAUUACGACUAUUUACUACCAAUACCUCCUAUAUGCAAAAACCAGAAUUGAAGAUAGGAGGUAUUAAACACUUACAGGUAUAAAACACUUACAUCGGCAGGCUGUAACAUGUGUGUCGUAUUGGGUGGCAAGGCAUACAGCACGAUUUGAUUUUGGUCGCAAUAUUCAGAUAAAGCCAAAGUCAUAUGCGACUUGUGACCAUCAAUAAACAAUAUGACUGGACGUUGUAUCUCUUUCUUGUCGAGCCACUCUUUCUUGUCGAGCGCCUUAACAUCCAAUCGGUUGGCAUGCUUUGAAUAACGGCCUUUGGAAGACGAAUAUAUGGAAACACAUUAAUGGUGGGCAUAUUGCUCCAUCAGCCGAGAAAACAAUCAAAACUGUCAAAUUUUCUUUAUCAUUUCCCGUUUUCACUUGAUUAAGUUUCUCCAAACUUUUGGAGCUAAAACUUUUUCACUUUUUGGACAAAUAGCAAAUCUACUCUCGUCUCCAUUAAAUAUACGGCUAGGAUCAUGCAAAACAUCUGUGAAAUUAUUAUCCUUCAAAUAUGUUUGCAGAUCGUUAAACCAGGCCCUAACGUAUUCUUCGGUAACAAUAGCUGUGGCCUUGUUAAUUCCUUCAGCUUCUCUUGAGGAUAGCUCUGGGUGUCUUUUUAAAAACUGUUUGUACCAUUUUUGACCUGGUCGCCCAUUUUUAAAAAAAUUUUGCUUUGUCAAUGGCAAUUUUUUCUACGGUAUCAAGGAGAUCUGCUUCUUUUAAUGGAAAUCCACAUUUAGCUAUUUUAAUAACCCAGUCUGUAAUCCUUUUCUCUACUUCUACAGUCAAAAUGGGAUCUGGUCCAGUUUUUCUUCGAGCUCCUAAUACUCUUCCGUGCAAUCUAUCUAUGAGCGUUGUUUUUGGAAUAUUAUAUUGUCUACUGGCCUCUUUUUUUCAGAUGCUUUGUUUUAAUUGCGUUUAAUGCAAUCUCUAAUUGCUCUGCAGAGUACUGAAACAGUUUUCUUUUUAUUUUAGUUUUUUGAAGCUUAGCAGCGGAAAGUUGCCCUGUGUUAGAUUUUUUAGGCGCCGGCAUCUGCAACAAUAGGUAUAGCAUAUUAAUAUAUUAUGUUACCUAUAAUAUUGACAUAUUUGCUCAAAUUCGACUCAAAAUCAAAAAAUUGAUUUUGUUCAUUCAUGAUAAUUUUUUUUAUUAAUUAAUCAAUAAAAUAUAAAUUCAGGAUUGGUGGUCGAAAAAACUAAAUUUCGAAUACCAUUUCUCGACCACUCAAAAAUGACGCGAAAUAUUUAAAAAAGGAUCGAACUAUCAGGGUGGUCGAACAAUGUCAUAAAAAGAAAAGGAACAUAAGGAGAAAGCAUAAGUUAAAAAAAAAGACGCUAUAUUUUAAACGAAUUAAUCCAUUUCUCUACCACCCCGGUCGAGAAUUGGAAAUUCGUUAAUCUGAUGUUCGACCACCUUGAUUUUCACAAAAAAUGCAAAAGUAAAAAUGCUUUUUUUAUAAAAACUAAGUAAGAAGGGUCUUCUUUUACCUUACAUCGAAAAACAUAUUAGUUAAAGAUAAAGCAUGAUGAUCUACUUACUAUUUAUUAAUGAGUAUAACACUAGAAAAUCACUAAAAUCUUGGGUACUUACACGUGCAACUGGCAAAUUUACAACGUCGGUAAUGGCUGACUGUUUUAAGCAGAGAUUGCUCGGGAAAUUUAAAAAUCUCUAUUACGGAUGGUCGAAAACGGGAAUAAGGAUUAUGAAAAUAGAUAACGAGUUCGGUUCUUGUUUUUUAUUGUUUUAUACAUAAAUGGUCGGCACUGGUCGGCAAACUGGCGCAUUCACCCUAAUAAAAAUAUGUUUUUUUUACUAUGACAAAAACAGGACUUUUUCCCAGAGAAUGGAGGACGGAGCAGUCUUUAUUGUGUCGCUGAUGGACAACAGGGCAGUAAGCUGAAAAAACAAAACUAUAAACUUGUUUAAUUAAUAAAAAUAUAUUUUUCUUACUAUGGCAAAAAAGAGACUUUUACCCAAAAAAUGAAAAUCAUACAUCAAUCAUAAAUGUAUCAUACCAUGUUUCCGCUAAAUAAUAUAUGAAUCUUUCUUCCUCCCAAACUUUUUUAAUUUUCUCCAAAUAUUCUAUAUGCCACUUGACAAUUCCAUUACAGCAGCUCUUUUGUUAACCAUCUUAAGCUUAAAUCCAAGUUUUAUCAGGUAUCUCCAUUACAAGGUUGAGACUGAGAAAUGUUUGUCCCUUGCCGAUAAGGUAGAGAUGGUUAGUCAAGUCCCUUUGAUUGUCCUGCGUCUUUCCUUUUUUUCUGUCUUUAACCCCUUUUUUUACAAAAUAGCAUAUUGUACUAUAGAGAAUCCCUGUUAAAAAUGCUGUUUUUUUGCAACAAUCAUUUGUGAACUGAGGAUCAUUCCUUAAAUUGUUAUAGACAAAUAGAUAUAUUGGUUUCUCGUCUGUACUCUGUAUUUAAACAAUUACAUUUUAAAAUUGCUUGACUUUCCCCUGUAGCUUCUACUUCCCUUGAUUCUUUUUAUUCCUCAACAGAAAAUGAACUAUGUAAGUUUAAUUCACUAUCCAGAUCACUCUUAUUGUUUUCAUCACAAAUGUUUGUUGUCUUUCUUGUGCGCCAUAAGCAGGCAUAAAUACUUUCCUCUUCAUUUGCCAAAUUUUCCUGCCUAUUUUCCCAGGGUCGAAACAUUUUAGGUCUUACGUAUAUAUAAUUAAUAAUAUUUAAUUAUUAUAAGUGACUAGUGAGAGUAUAUUUGACUUUUUUUGCUUUUGUUAAGACCGUGGAAGUGUACAGUGAACUGAAAAGUUUAUAAUUGUAUAACUUUAUAACUACUUAAUAACUUUACAUUAUAUAACAUCGAAAAAUGUCUAAAAAAACGAAGUGAUGCAUAAAGAUCCGGCAUCUAUCAAAUUAAUGGAACUUGCUGUUUCUGGAUACAAGGUACCUAGCCAAAAAACAAUAAGCGAGAGUCUUAUGUCAAAAAGUUAUGAAAAAAUUGAAGCACAACUUAUUUCCGUCGAAUAUGUAAGUGUAACUACAGACUCCUGGACUUCAAUAAAUAAUGAUAAUUUUACUGCACUGUCCAAAGGUUGUUUUGCUCAUUCAAUUAACCUUCUAGUCCAAAAUGGUUUGAAGAAAAUUUCAGACCUUUUAAAUAAAAUUAAGGCGAUAGUAACGUUUUUCAAACAAAGUUCUUCGGCGUUAGCAAAGCUAAAAGAAAUUCAGAAGCAAAUGGGGCUUCCUGAACUUAAAUUAAAGCGAGACGUCGUAACCCGGUGGAAUUCCACUCUAGAUAUGGUAGAAAGGGUGGUUACUAUAAAAAAUGCCCUGAUUUCCACUUUAGCCCUUGUAAACGAAGAAUUAAAUACAGUUUCCGCCACAGAUCGGGCUAUGUUAGAAAAGUUGACAGACAUAUUGCGAAUUUUUCAAGAAAUCACAGAAGAAAUCAGUGCUGAGAAAAACGUUACUAUUUCAAAAAAUGUAGUCCUUGUUUAUGCAAUGUAUCAGCAUAUCCAAACCUUUUACACGCAGGAAGAUAUAGAGCCAGAACUUAGGGUGGUACUUCAUGUUUUCCGAGAACAUUUUUUUAAAAGAUUUGGAAAUAUUGAAGACAUGGACAUAUUAGCCGAGUCAACCGUUUUAGAUCCUCGGUUUAAAAAAUUUGGAUUUAAAGAUGAUAGAAAAUAUGCCAACACAGUUGCGAAUCUUGCCUCAUAUUUUUUCUCUAAAAAUGUACUUCAACCCAUAGAAAAUCAGGAAGCACCUUCAACAACUCCAUCAGAAAAAAAAUCAUCCAUGUGGUCCAUGUUUGAUGAAAUUGUUGAAAAAUUGGCAUCUGAAAAAAAUCGAACUUCGGCCGUUAUUAUCGAAUUCGACAGAUAUUUAGGCGAACCCCUUCUCAACCGAAAGGAAGACCCAUUAAAGUGGUGGCACAGCAUAAGGAAGACUGUAAUUAUUUAAGCUGUGGUGGUGGUAUGAACGUCGCCAUGUAUAUCCCACGAUUUAUCGAUUUAUGAAAAGUCGACUAUUUAUUCCUGCAACGUCAGUUCCGUGCGAACUUAUUUUUUCAAAAGCAGGACAAGUCUUAAAAGAAAAAGGUGCACAGCUGAAAUCUAAAAAAGUUUCCCAAAUUUUAUUUCCUAACAGCAAUCUUUAGUAGUUUUAAUAUUAGUUAUUACUUAGGUUAGUUAUUCAUGUGUUUGAAUACCAACUUAGUUGUUCAAACAACUAUGACUCAUAAUUAAGUUUUGAAAAAACUUUAUUUUUUGUUUUAAAAUUUAAAAAGCCUUUUAAGUUGUUUAAAUAAAAAUUUCAUUCAGUUGUUAUCACUUUUUGGAUAAAUAAAAACUGUUUUAUUUGUCCUUUUUUAAUUGUAUUAAGUUUAUUUAUUUAGAUGUUUAAAUUUGUUUAAAUUGACGAAUUAAACGUCUAAAAGGCUGAAAACUAUGUAUUUUAUCAUGUUUUCCUCAUUCGAAUAAUUUUUAGAAGGUUAAAAUUGUUCAUUCUAGUUAUUCUACUAUAAAAGUAAACGUGAACUACUGUGAACUAGUGAACUAGUUCAAUGAACUAUUCUGGAUUAUGAACGAGACCGAGUGAACUAGUUCACGUAAAUGUUCCCCUAGUUCACUCUACGUCUCACCCUAGUUCACUCUAGGAUAAAGAGAGAUACACAAUCGCACUUGUACAGCCUAAAGUAGGAAUCGCCAGAACGCAGGUGUUUUAUCUUUAGACUAGCUAAAAAGAGGUGAGAAGUCUGUGAGUGCUGAGGGUGUGUUUGAGGGUGUCCGCGGUCAAAUUUUUUUAUAUUAUUUUCUUUCUAAAAAUGGACAUUUUCGAAAGAAAAAUAAAAAAUAGCGUAAAACAUGGGGUUUUACGUAUAUUUAAAAUGAUUUCUUCAUAGACAAACCAUAUAAAAUUUUGCCAUUUGAACAUGUAUAUUAUGCGACGAUAAAUACGACAUAGGCGCACGGACUAAAUAGUGCGGCAUCUGCGACACAUCAAAGAUUCUAAUCUGCACUGGACUACACCCACACAAAUUAAUAAUAAAAACUUAUUAAGCCUUAGAUGCAAUAAAUUAGGGUUGAUCUUUUAUUAAAAGCAAAAUCGAUUACGGACCUAGUUUGAAGGUUAUACUAUAUAUUUCUUAUUAGAUCUCAUUAGGUUUUAAAUAUUCUAGAGAUGUGCGCGUAAAUGAACUAUUAUUGCUGUAAAUUAGAUAACGUUCCAGGCAUCCACUAUCAUCCAGUUUAUUCUUUAUUGACCAUGUGAUAAUAUUGUAAAAAAAAAAACAUGGUGGCUGCCUUGAAUUAGCUUUAUUGUGAUGAAUUUGGGUUGUAGUGAUUGAACUUGAAAUAGUGAUACAUUUUUAGCUAUAAGUAAUCAAAUAUAUGAUUUAUUUAAUAUGA